UUGUGCUUCGUAGCGUCGUACCACGAUCACGCCGUCUCAUAUUUAAUUUUAUUAAGCGCUUUGUUUUUAACUUCUCUUAUCGUCAGCAUAUUAGAAUGAGCGUGUUAGUCCGUCAGCGUUUUUUCGAUAAAUAUCCCCGCAGAUGUCGUGCACCUAGAUCCCGAGCUCAGCUACGAGGCGCGAACACGUCCCGGUGUGUUCGACCUGGUGAAAGAGGGUUUCCACGCACUCGGCGUCAGCGAAAGCGCCGCCAAGGCGAUUUACAAAGCCGGCGGAUAUCCGUAUGUUACCUUGUGCGGUACGCCGGGGGUUUUUUUCCCCUGCUGUAAAAUCUUCCUCUCGACUAUCGAUCCAGAGAGAGUCGCACAGAUUCAUCGCGCCGUCGCCCCGCACUGUCCUUUCAUGAACAUGUUCUUUCACUUUCGCGAACGUGUGACCAUGAGCAGCAUGAUGUACGAUGACUUGCCGGACUGGCAGAUCGCCGUGCUGCGGAGGGACAUGGACUUUCCUUCCGCAUGUCUAGUGUGCAUAGGACGAACACCCGACGCCGUCAGCGAAUGCGGACACGCCACCUGCGUCAAUUGUAUCCUAAGCGGAUUCAAAGGAAAAUGCAUGUACUGCAGAUGCACGUGCAGCAGGAAAGCGAUCUUUCUUCUACCCGUUUCCUUAGCGACCAUACCCGAGCCUGCGGAAGAGAGGAUCGACGUGAAAAGGUAUCCGUUACCUACCGAAUCGCUAGGGGGCGUUAGAGGCUUUCGUCGCGAUCGAGCUGGUGUGGAAAAUGUUCUCAGAAACCACCUUCGUCAAAUUCACGGAGGAGGGGAAAACCAAUACGAACUGGUGGAGGAAGAGCUGAGGAAAAUCUUCCACAGGAACCCAUGUCCCAACGCGCAAGAGCACCCCCACUUUGGUUUUUUGAACAUUGCCAUGUACACUCCGCUCACCAUGAGCAAGGAUUAUCCGAGUAUCAAAGCGUCUCUUCGUUACAUGAUCGGAACUAAUGCAUUCAACAAUGGAGUGGAAGCAUACACAGAACUGACCAUGAAACCAUGCUUUGAACGCACGCUUUACGAAGAUCGUAUAGUCAACGUUUUCUUGGCAAACUUGUUGAAUCCUUUUGAAAGAUUCGAGUUAGAAAAGCGCGCUGAGCAGGUUUUUCGAAAUUACUUUCGCUUUGUGGACACGAAAGCUCGACCGGUGAAUCUAGACGAUUCCGACGGUCUCGAGGAGGGGGAAAUUGCAGACGAUGAUGAGGAUGUAGAUCGCGAUGGUAGCGGAGCUGACGGUGAUGCUAACGAUGGUAGUGCAACCGAUGCCAGUGCUGACAGCAGCGCCAGCAGUGAUGACGAUGGUGGGAGCGAUGAUGAGGCCGACGACGAGGCUGACGACGAGAUCGACGGCGAGCCUGGCGAUGAAAACGCGGUGGUCGGUGGUGGCGAGAUCGAUCGUGAGGAAAACGUGGUGGUUGAUGGUAUAGUCGAUGAUGACGGAGCUGAUAAUGUCGGAGCAGAAGUCUUUGUCGCGCGAGUAGGACAAGACCAAGACGAAACCACGGUUGGAGACGUGGCCGGUGAAACAGAUGACGACGAUGAUCAGACGGAGGUUAACAACUCGGGAGGAGAAGCAGUCGACGGAGUUGUCGUCUUUGCCGAGACCACCGUUCGCAUCGAAAGCGACUUUGUCGACGCGGCAGGCGUUAAAGCAGGUUUCAUCGCUGGAAUUAAAGUGGGCGUCCGAGCGGGUAUUAGAGCCGGCUUCAGAGUAGGAUCCAACCCUUCUUGGAGGACUAGCAUAAUAGACUCAUUUAUUCCAGGGGUUUCCAUCACAACAGAAGCAGGUACCGCGGAUGGAUUAGAUGUCGGCAUGGUUGCCGGCUCAAGCGCGACAGUUGCUGCAGGUGUCAACAUGACUGGCGACCAGUGCGCUUCGGGGACUUCAGAAGUGGUAGACGGAUUAACUGGGAACACGGUUGACGGCUCAAGUGCUUCAGGUGCAGCAGACACGUCUGGUUCUUCUGUCGCGGUGGACAGAUUAGCUGACAACACGGUUGACGGUUCUUCAGAUGCUUCAAGCACCGCAGACAGAUUAACCGAUAGCGUGGUUGAUGGCUCAAGCGCUUCAGGGUCAUCAGGUGCUGAGCAUGGAUCGACUGGUGGGAUGGUUGACGGUGGUGUGGUGGCAGGGAGACGGAGAGCGUAUAUAAGCUCAUCUUCUAUCAUUCAGCACAAGAAACGACGCGGACAUCAUGCAGAACGUCAGUGAUCUUCCCGACCAGGACGUGUUGAUCAGGAGACGCAACCUUCAUUACGAGCUGAAUUCAGAUAAUAUUUAUGUCGGAAAAUCGCUUUUUGGUGGGAAUUACACUGAUUACCUAAUACUUAACGAGGAGAAGCAAAUCUCGAUUGAAUCUUUUUUAACGUUAAACAACGAGAGAGUGGUUAAAAUUUUGGAAUCCGAGUUGGCUUUAUUAAAAUCGUUAAAAUACAACUUGUUUAUGGUUUGUGUUUAUGCAAAUCCGUUAGAUGUUUCAAAAGAUACGAACUUCAAAACACAAAACUCUACUCUCUUCCACGAAAUCGAUAUUGACGAAAAUCUGGAUUCGCUCUUCACAAAGCUGGUCGAGGAGAGCGAAAAUUACGCCUUCAAAGGGAGCGGGUUUUCCUUUAGCCGCGUUAAGUGCUUGGAAAUAAGAGUAAGUAAAUAUCGUUUCGUUCCCGGAAGCGCAUAUAUCCCAUUGCCGAAGAGCAUCUUGCUGAAAAAAGCCGUAGUAAACCUAAAGUGUAAAAGAAAAGAUUGCGUCAAGUGCUUCAAACAUUGCAUUCUCUCGUCCAUGUACAAAAAAAGCCACGGACGUGUUAACGUAACGGCUGAGGCUAAAUUUGAACAUUUAUUCGAUUGGAAAAUCGAUUUUCCCGUCUCGAUGAAGGAGGUAAAAAUUUUCUUGCGUAAAAAUUCACACGUUUCUAUCAAUAUUUUCACACUCGACGAGAAAUGUCUCGUUUUUCCUGUAAAGACAUCAUUUGAAAGAAAGAAAUAUCAUUUCGACCUUUUGUAUUUGGUUAAAGGUAGGCAUGCGCAUUGGUCCUUGAUUUCUGACCUCAGCCGUCUCGUUUCGAGCAUGGUGAAUAAAUACGGGCACAAGAAGUUUAUUUGUGUAAGAUGUCUGAUGCAUUUUAAUAAGCAGUGCAAGUUGACCGAUCAUGAAGUAAGAUGUCCGACCGGGAGAUACACGCGCGUACUAAUGCCAAAACCGUCUUCUUUUUUUAAGUUUGAGAAAUUUAGCUCUGCCCUUCAAUGUCCGUUUCUGAUAGCGUUCGAUAUGGAAGCCUUAUUAGUACCUGUUCUCACUGCUCACCGCGAGCCGAACACGAGUUCGUCUACGGUCACCGAGCACCAUAAACCUUUCGCGUUCGGUGCUUUUUUACAUUCGAUCUAUGACCGCGAAGAGGUGGAGGAUGUACCGCUCGGGUAUUAUUACCACAUCUCAGAUGAACAACAACUCGAAAACGCGAUAAUCGAAUAUUUUUUCAGAAUCACAUUGUCUAUUAAAAAGGUAUUUCAGAGAGAAUUUCCAAUUAGCAUUAGCGAGAGUCAGCAGAUUGCGUUUGAUGCUGCGACAAAUUGUUACUUUUGUGGAGUUGCCUUUGAUCAGAUUAACGUUAAAUGCAGGGAACAUGACCACUGCUUGUCGCGUGACAAUGUACGUAAUGGGGCCUGUUGUUCCAAAUGCAAUUUAAAUAUGAAAAGAGUUCAUUUCGUGCCUGUUUUCAUCCAUAACAACGCUAACUAUGAUGGUCAUUUCUUGAUUUUGAUGUUUCUGAAACGAAAUUUUAAGGUGAGUGUAAUACCAUCCACGCGCGAGCGGUACAUUUCUUUCUCGGUUCGGAUUAAUGAUGUCGAGGUAAGAUUUUUAGACAUGUUCAAAUUUUUCAGCGAAUCUCUAGAUUCUUUAUCCGAAGCGCUACCAAACCAUUUAUUCAUAGAGACGAAAAAAAAUUUUCCUGCCGACGUUCACGGGCAUGUUACGGGGAAAGGGAUUUUCCCCUAUAAAUUCUUUACUGAUUUAGAAAAAUUGAAGCAUCCUGAUUUACCUGAUAUCGAUUAUUUUCAUAACGAUCUGAGCAAGGAAAGUUUGUCACAAGACGAUUACGAGGUGGCCAAGACUCAUUGGAGAGUUUUCAAUUGCUCCACUAUGCGUGAUUAUUGUUCAGUAUACCUUAAGAAGGACGUCUUGAUCAUGCUCGACGUGCUUUUAUUCUUCCGCUCGAUCAUUUGGGAGAAAUUCAAGAUUGAUUUGUGUCAUUUUUACACAAUCAGCCACUUGUCGAUUAAUUUAAUGUUGAAAUUAACGGGGGUUGAAAUUGAAUUGAUCAGUGAUGAUGAAAUAUUCGAUUUUGUCGAAUCAGGAAUUGCUGGGGGCAUGUGUCAAAUCGGACGUAGGUAUUUAAAGUCUAGCGAUACGGAGAAAAUCGGUUAUUUUGAUUGUACAGCACUGUACAGCUUCUGCAUGAUGACGUACAAGUUACCAUAUGCAGAGUAUAAAUUCAUCGAUCCGGUUAAUUUCGAUUGGGAGAAUACGGAUCCGACGGGUGACACUGGUUUUGUUCUCGAGUUUGAUUGUGUGUACCCGAGAGAGCAUCAUGAUUACUUAAGUUGCUUGCCACCUUUUCCUGUACAUAAAAUUCCUAAUGAAAACUCGAAAUUUCCUAAAUUGAUAUUAGAUCUGCUUCCUAAAUUCAAGUGUAAGGCUUCGCUCCCUCUAGUGCAGCAGGCUAAAAAGCUCGGAGUUUCGAUUGUACGCGUUCAUAAAGUGCUCUCGUUCAAACAAAAGACUUUUAUGAGGCCAUACGUGGAAAUAAUGCAGGAAUUUCGCGCGGCUGCGAAAAGCGACUGUGAAAAAAAUCUGUAUAAAUUGUUUACAAACUCGGUAUUCGGUCGAACGAUAGAAAAUUUACGUAAGCGUAUAAACGUAAAAUUAGUAAACAAUGAACGUGCUCUUGCUAAACUAGUACGGAAACCGACAUUUAUAGAUCGAGUACUUCUCGAUGGAGGAAUGGCGAUAGUAGAAAUGCAAAGAGGAACAAUUGUCAUGGAUCGGCCUAUUAUCGUAGGCAUGAACAUACUAUAUUACAGUAAAUAUUACAUGUAUUGGUUCUUUUAUGACGUGCUAAAAAAGCAGUUUGGUGAUCGUCUUUCGCUAUGCUUAAUCGACACUGACGGGAUUAUCGCCGCGUUUAAAACAACCGAUUUCAACAGUGAACUUAAACAAAUAUCUCAUCAUUUCGAUUUUAGCUCGCUGCCCAAAAACCACCCACUCUACUCGCCAGAAAAUUCAAAAGUAUAUGGUAAAUUCAAGGAUGAAUUAAAAGGGUCCUUGAUCACCGAGUUUGCAGCUCCUCGUUCAAAAAUGUAUAGUUAUAUCUGCGAUGACGGAGAGUGUAAAAAAGCUAAAGGGAUUAAAAAAUGCGCUAUAAAAAACGAUCUUUGUCACGCAGAUUAUGUUAACUGUGUGCUCAAAAACGAUAAAAAAUAUGUUACUUUUUCGAAUAUCACCUCUACUCAUCAUAAGUUGUAUACGUCAAAAAUAUGUAAAUUAGCUUUGGACCCACAUGAUGAUAAACGAGUUAUUUUACCAGACCACUCUACUCUUCCUUACGGUCAUUAUAAAUUAAUGGAGCAGGAGAUUGUAUGAGGGUGAAAAGAUUUCCUUUUGGAUUAUUCUUUUGACAUGCGUAGUACAACCGUCGCUACCUUUUCCCCCUCUCCUUGCCGUGAAUAUAUACCGUCACCUGAUUCUUUCACUAACAUUCACUCAUGGCGCGUUUACAGAAAAAGUUCUCAAUCGGGUGUGAGAAGGACUUGUACGUAUCCUACAAAUGUGGUGAGUCCGAGAUUGAUAUUAGUUUAUACGACAAAGAAUCGCAGGAGAGUUGUGAGCUUUUCGCGGACACCUUGACACAUCUCGCAGAAGAGCAUCAUUACAUUAUAUCAUGUUUAGAGUAUGGUGGUGAAACAACACACUUUAAAAUUAAGCACGAUGAAGAGGAUCAGGACAUUUCGUUCGAGUGGAUUGUGUAUGGUGAUGAGUUUACGGUCACGUUGCAGGAUUUCUCUUAUCUGAUGGAGGUUUUCCUUCGUCUUAAUGGUGGUCGACUCGUUCAUACCGGAAACCCUUUUGAGAUAAUGAAAAUGAUCGCUCCGACGAUUGUGUUGCGACCUACGUACGACAACUUAUCUUAUUUGUAUUGUGAACGAAAUGGAAAGUGGUGUAUUUCUGACGACACGUUGAAGAAAAUGUAUUAUAAUUCGAUUGAAAUCCUUACCAUGUUUCAUGAAAAUCGUCGUGGUCAGACUCGUUACUUUUACGUAAAAACUUGUGUUGGCGGAAUUGUCUUGCGAGAAGUGAAAUCUUCUUGCUAUUUUGUGUUAUCAAAAUCUGAAUAUAGAAUAUUGAUGAAAAAAAUUAGUAGAAUUUCUUCAUAUCACUCUUUGUUGCAAAAGACAGUUCCCAAAUUGAAGGAAUUGGAGGAGCGAUAUUUUGAAGACUCGUCUACUUGUUUAAAUAUGAGUUUCAAGUUGAUUGAAUUGGAGCAAAUGAAACUAUGUCGACGGUAUUAUAGUAAUCUCAUGGAAUAUUAACUGUGUUUUCCAACUUUUACAAGUUUGUAUACAUAUUUUUGGUUUUGGGAAAUAAAAGGUAAUCAAUUUUA